AUGACCGAGAUCCCGGCUGAUCCUGACCCGGCUCCCCAGCUCACCGUGUCCCCGCAGCAGCCUGUCUACGUAACCGGAGAAGCUGUGACCCUGACGUGCUCAGCUGGGGUGUCCACCGUGUCCGGGGUCCGGUUCUUCAGGAACAGCCAGGAAAUCCACUCCAAGGAAUUCCCCUCACCCUGGUACAGUUACACUGAGUUGAUUCGACUGUCGGGGGUGUCUGGAUUGCGAGCUGUAAAGUACAGCUGUGAAUCCUGGAAGACAGUGUCUGGGAGACAAAUUGCAUCGGAGAGGAGCCAACCCAUCUCCAUAGCAGUGAGAGAUCCCCCUCCCCAGCAAGCACUGAGUGUGGAUCCCCCAUCCAGAUCAGUGAGCGAAGGGAUCCACCUGCUCAUGACCUGCACGGCCCCCAGGGACGCCGGUCAGCAGAGGUUUCACUUCUACAAGGACAGAGCCGAGCUCAUCCCUGGGGACGUGGGGUCUGAGAUCAACACGACAGAUCCCAGGACUGUCUCUAUGAACACCUCUGUGCUCAGAAUGCUGCUGGCCAGUUCAAACAACACCGGGGAAUUCAGCUGUGGGUAUGAGGAGAAUGUGGGCGGGAGAUGGAUCCCGUCCCCCAGGAGCCGGGCUGUGACUGUCACUGGGAACGUCACAGUUUCAGCUCGAACCUUCCUCUGGGUGCAGGAGCUGACAGUGAUGCUCCUCAUCCCGGUGAAGAAGAACAAGCUGCAAGCUGCCUGGAACGGCCCCUUCAAAGUCAUCAGACAUGUAAAUGAGGUGAACUAUGUAGUGGAACUGUCCAACCGGGCACACAGCCCCCGGGUGUAUCAUGUCAACAUGAUGAAACUGUACUGGGACAGGGAGAAGUUGCUAACCCCUGCCCAGCAGGCAGAGAUCAGAGAGGUGCUGCAUUCAUUCCAGCAGCUGUUCUCCAACCAGCCUGGGCUCACUAAUCUGGCUGUCCACCAGGUGGAGACAGGAACCAACCCACCCAUCAAAUGUUCCCCAUUCAGGGUCACUGGGAAAACAGCCCAGGACCUAAAGAGAGAGGUCAGGGAUAUACUGGCUUUAAGAGUGAUCGAGCCGUCCACCAGCCCCUGGGCCUCACCUGUGGUGCUGGUCCCCAAGAAGGAUGGGUCGAUCUGGUUUUGUGUGGACUAUCAGAAGCUCAAUGCCAUCACCGUGUCCGAUGUCUACCCCAGGCCUAGGACCGAUGAGAUCCUAGACAAGUUGGGGGGCGCCCGGUACCACUCCAUGGAUCUUACCAAAGGCUACUGGCAGGUGCCUUUGGACCCGGAGGCCAGGGCAAAGUCUGCCUUCACCACCCCAAUGGGGAUCUUCUAGUCCCUGGUCCUGCCUUUCGGCCUCAAGGGGGCACCUGCCACCUUCCAGCGCCUGAUGGAUCAGUUGCUAAGGGGAUGGAGGACUGCUCUAGCGUAUAUUGAGGAUAUCUUUGUCUUUAGCCAGACCUGGGAAGAACAUGUGUCCCAGAUGAAGAGGGUGCUGGGUCACCUCCAGUAUGCAGGACUGACCAUAAAAGCUGAAAAGUGCAAGGUGGAGAUGGUAGAGGUUUCAUACCUAGGCCACAAGGUGGGGGGUGGCCACCUGAAGCCGGAGCUGGCUAAAGUGGAGGCAAUCAAGGACUGGCCCGCUUCCCAGACUAAGAAGCAGAGAGGGCGAUUUCACUUCUACAAGGAUGGAGUCAAGCUCAUCCCCGGGAACGUGGGGUCUGAGAUCAACACCAUGGAGCCUGGCAUCGGCUCUGUGAAUGUCUCUGUGCUAAGCAUCCUGCAGGCCGGUCCCAACAACACCGGGGAAUUCACCUGUGGGUACAAGGAAAAUGAACCGUCUCCUCCCCCGACCCCCUUGUCUUUUCCAGCCCCCCUCCCGGCUCCCCAACUCACCGUGUCCCCGCAGCUGCCUGUCUACGUAACUGGAGAAGCUGUGACCCUGACGUGCUCAGCUGGGGUGUCCACCGUGUCCGGGCUCCGGUUCUUCAGAGACGGCGAGGAAAUCCACUCCGAGGAUCUCCCCUCACAUCCGUACAGUUACACUGAGUCGAUUCCACUGUCGGGGGUGUCUGGACGGCGAGCCGUAGCGUACACCUGUGGUUACUGGGAGACAGAGUCUGGGCGAGAGAUCCCAUCAGAGAGGAGCCGACCCAUCUCCAUAGCCGUGACAGCCCCCCUCCCGACUCCCCAGCUCACCGUGUCCCCGCAGCAGCCUGUCUACAUAACUGGAGAAGCUGUGACCCUGACGUGCUCAGCUGCCAGGGCGUCCACUGUGUCCGGGGUCCGGUUCUUCAGAGAUGAUCAGGAAAUUCAGCGGAAGGAACUCCCCUCACCUCGGUACAGUUACACCAAUUCGAUUCCAGCGCAAGGCGGAACCUAUACCUGUGAAUCCUGGCAGACAGUGUCUGGGCGAGAAAUCACAUCAAACAGGAGCCGACCGAUCUCCAUAGCAGUCACAGCCCCACUCCCGACUCCCCAGCUCACCGUGUCCCCGCAGCCGCCUGUCUACAUAACUGGAGAAGCUGUGACCCUGAUGUGCUCAGCUACCGGGACGUCCACUGUGUUCGGAGUCCGGUUCUUCAGAGAUGAUCAGGAAAUUCAGCGGAAGGAACUCCCCUCACCUCGGUACAGUUACACCAAAUCGAUUCAAGCACAAGGCGGAGCCUAUACCUGUGAAUCCUGGCAGACAGUGUCUGGGCGAGAAAUCACAUCAAACAGGAGCCGACCGAUCUCCAUAGCAGUCACAGAUCCCCCUCCCCAGCCAGCGCUGAGUGUGGAUCCCCCAUCCGGAUCAGUGAGUGAAGGGAUCCACCUGCUCAUGACCUGCACGGCCCCCAGUGACGCUGGUCAGCGGAGGUUUCACUUCUACAAGGACAGAGCCGAGCUCAUCCCUGGGGACGUGGGGUCUGAGAUCAACACGACAGAGCCCAGGACUGUCUCUAUGAACACCUCUGUGCUCAGAAUCCCGCUGGACAGUUCAAACAACACCGGGGAAUUCAGCUGUGGGUACGAGGAGAAUGUGGGUGGGAGAUGGAUCCCGUCGCCCAGGAGCUGGGCCGUGACUGUCGCCAGGAACGUCACAGUGUCAGCUCGAACCUUCCUCUGGGUCCAGGAGCUGGCAGUAGGUGGCUCCUUCUUCCUCAUUAAUGGUCUCAUCUUCCUCGGCUCCCACUGCUGCUUCUAGAUCCAGGUAACUGGCUUCCUCUGUGAAGGGGGCCUUUCAUUCUGUGUCUUGGAUUCUCUCCACAAGGUGACCCGUUUGAUCUGCAAUCUCUCCCCUUGAAUUACAGCCUGGAGGGGGAGGUUCUCCUGAAAAGUCCAAGAGUGAGGUCUGAGAAACAUCCACAGGGUUUCAAAGGGUUUUAAGCACCAUGAACGCUUCAGCAACCAACCAAAAAGAAGCUGUAUCUGGGGUGGGGCACCGUCACUGUUUCACAGCUUCACAAUCCUUGUGCACAGAAUUUGCUUGCCCAGUGUGAACCCACGCAGCCCUGUAUUCACACCCUACACACAGCUGCAAUGACCUAUACAAACUCUGCCUUGUGAGGUAUCAUUUGAAAAUCCCACUACACUGGUCAAUAAUAUCACUGCAGAGUAUAGGUGAGAACGCUGAAGGUGGAGAUGUGGCCAACCUCCAUGAGUCUGUUUUAAAGUCUGUAUUUGAACAAAGGAGAACCAGGUCUGCCCAGGACUUGAAUAGAAAUUAAUCCGGGUGGCCAAUGACAAGAGAAUUAGGAUGUACAUUGGUGGUAAACAAAGUAAUCAAGCCACCAAGGACAAGAGGUGAUGACUCAGAUAUUGACAGGGCGAGAGAAGGGACCCCCAGGAGACCUUCCUUCCUGAAGCAGGCUCAAUAAACAUAGAGAGACAUGCUCUCCUGGACGAUACAAAGAGGGGCAGUAAACCUCCAAAUUCUCUUCCCCCUAAGACAACAAGGGAAACCAGCACCUCGCACUUCCCAGGAAAGUCAGGAUCGAGAGCCAGGCCAGACCAAGAGUAACCGGAAAGUGAAAUCACCUUCAACACAGACCGUGCCUUGCUACCUUGAGUUUUAGCCUUUCAGCUGUGUGUCUUCCCUUUGAUUUACUUGUAACCAACUCUAACUGUGUUUCUUUUUAUUUG